UAAAAUUAAACUGAGCUGGGCUGAGCUGAGCUGAACACUCGCCAGUUGAUCGUGCGGAACCCCAUUGAAGCCAGCACUCGAAUAUUACACAAACGGACUGAAAAUUGUACACAAAAAGCGACGAUCUCUGUUGGAUAUAGUUUUUCUGCUACUGCUGCUGUUUCAGUUUCUGUUUUUUGUGUACUGGAGAAGCUUAAAAAACAAGGCUCGUGAAGAGCGGGAAAGAGCGAGUGUCGCAGCGGCGCGGGUGUGAGAGAGAGGGAAAGCUGCCGACGGCGACGAUAUUUUCAAUGACGCGACAACAAAAACAAUCAACAAAAUUCGCGCAACAAAUCAACAAACAACAACUACAAUUCGGCCUUCUCCGUAUUGGCAGCGGCCUAGCGCCGGCAAAAAUAACAAUAACAGCAAAAGCCAAUUGUUUGUGAUUAAGUAAACAAAACAAGAUCAACUAAAAAAACUAAGUCAAGCGGAGGAACAAUGACUGUUUCAUAUGCGGGAGAAGUGCCAAAUGGGAGCAGUUUUGGCUGUUUCUGGAAAAUCCUGUGGAAAUGGCGAGGCAGCGUUUACAAAUUGAUCUGGCGCGAGUUAGUUGCGUAUCUGUGUUUAUACUAUACCAUAAAUGUUAUCUACAGAUUUGGUCUGACCGAAAGUCAGCAAGCCAUUUUUAAGAAAAUUCGCCUCUAUUUUGGGCAGCAGAGUGAGAGUAUACCCAUGUCCUUUGUGCUGGGCUUCUAUGUAAAUCUGGUGGUGAAGCGAUGGUGGGAGCAAUAUAGGCUGUUGCCCUGGCCAGAUACGUUGGCCCUGUUCAUAAGCGCGGCCAUUCCCAACUCAAAUGGCGGUGUGAAUAAUGAAACGGGCCGCCUGAUGCGUCGUAAUAUCAUGCGCUACAUGGUUUUGGCCUAUGUGAUCACCCUUCAGCGAAUUUCCCUGCGCGUGAAACGCCGCUUUCCCACCACCCAACAUCUCGUGGAUGCGGGUCUGAUGCACGAGUCCGAGAUGAAAAUCUUCGAGGCGCUGAACCAGAAGAGUCCCAUGUCCAAGUACUGGAUGCCGCUGGUCUGGGCCACCAACAUCAUAAAUCGGGCCAGAAAGGAUGGCCUAAUCGCCUCGGAUCACAUUGUACAAACCAUUUUGGUGGAGCUCUCGGAUAUUCGUAGACGUUUAGGUGGUCUUAUUGGCUACGACACGGUCUGUGUUCCUUUGGUCUACACUCAGGUGGUCACCCUGGUGCUGUACACCUAUUUCAUAGCUGCCCUCUUGGGCCGUCAAAUGUUGCCCAACGUCUUGGACAGAAAUGGACGCGAAGAUCCCGAUCUGUUCUUCCCACUGUUCACCGUAUUGCAGUUCGUUUUCUACGUGGGCUGGCUGAAAGUGGCCGAGGUGCUAAUCAAUCCCUUUGGCGAAGAUGACGAUGAUAUCGAGCUCAACUGGCUAAUUGACCGACACAUCAAGGCUGCCUACAUGAUCGUGGACGAGAUGCACGAGGAGCACCCCGAGUUGCUGCGGGAUCAGUACUGGGAGUGCGUGGUGCCCAAGGAUCUGCCCUACACGGUGGCAUCCGAGCACUACCGGAAGGACGAGCCCAAGGGCUCCGCCGAGAAGUACAAGGUCAAGAAGGAGGACGCCAUGUACGCCAACAUAAUGCCAGGCGGUGGCAAGAGGAUGCUCAGCGACGAUGUCUACGCGGACUAUGAAAGCGUGGACACCCCCAUGGUGGAAAGGAGGAAGAACAACUGGCUGGUUCGUCAGCUCUCUCGAAUGGGCUCCAUGAGAAGCCAGUCAACGGCCUACUCCUCCGGCGGAAUGCCCUUCAACCGGAACCGCCUCAACUCCGUUUACUCUAGUCCCGAGUCCGGCUUGCCACUGACCAUCCUGCAGCAGCAGCAACUGCAGCAGGCGCAUCAGCAUCAGCAGGCCGGAUCGCAGCCAAGUAAAUCGAGUCUCUAUGGCAAGUUUGUGCAUCGCAAAUCGCUCAGAGCACAACGCCAACUUAUCAAGCAGAACUCCAAACUGAAUGGCUUGAAUGUGAAUGUGGCCAAGACCAGGCCGCGGAUUCCCACACCCGAGGUGGCCAAGGAUGGCAACACGAAUCCAGCCACCAGCUCGGUCCUAAUGGCACCACAGCAGCUGAGCACCACCAGCGCACCACCGGGCAUGUACCCCUCCUCCUACGCACCCGAAACCCUUCUGCACCAGGAGAGCGGCCAGGUGCUGGGCACGCUGCUGCUCUCGCCCAUCAAAGAGAUGGAUAGCUCAUCGUCCAAUAACACUCUGAUUCCAGGGCAUCCGGCCACCGCAGCUCUGGCAGCCAGCAUGAAGGAGGGCUACACGCCGAGCACUAUGCCCGCUGCCACGAACAUCACCACACUGUCGUUCCCCUUCAGCGUGACCAGCACAGGUGGGGAAACGAUGCCCACUGGGACACUGAGCAUCCUGCCCAUUUCGGCCAACGCCCAGCUGCCCACGAUCACGACGACGGCAAGUGGAUACGAUCCUAACGAUGUGAUCACCACGAUACCGGUGUCCCUGUCCAUCCAGCGAUCCCCAUCGGCGCUUUCCAUUGUGGAGCUGACCGGUGCAGAUGUCCAGGAUGGAUACAGCAAUAGUGGGUCAAGCAAUGGCAAUGGUGGUAUCACAACCACGGCCCUGCUGUCCGUCAAGCCCCUCAAUGGGAACCAGAACAUUUCGCGAAACAACAGUUUCAACCUGAGCCUCAAUCUGCAGGAUCCGCAGCAACGAUCCUCGAUGAGAUCAGCGGGUCCCACGGACACAGUGGACACCUCAGGCACGAUGCCAAUGCCUCAUAGGAGUGGUGGCCUGGAAACGGGCGCAGCCGGUGGAUCCUCGGCACCCUCAACUCUGGCCAAACACAAGCCGGAACAAAAGACCGGCGAGGUGUACGUCUGACCUUAUUAUCAGUCGGAUUAAAUUAGUUUAGACUUGAUCGGAAUUCGAGCCACGUAAUUUUGUUUAAGAAGCAAUUGGCAUUGUGCCACCCAGAACCACUAAAAAUGAUAUUAUUAGUAGCGUGAAAAGGUAAGAUUAUUGCAAGGAUUUUGUCCUCGAAGUCCAGUAAUCACUUUUCCUUUAGCAAAUCAAGCAGCAGUUUAUAUAGUCUUAUGCCAUGUUUGGAGUUGCUAAAAUGAAAAAUUUUACCAUUCCCAUAUCUUAAACGUAUACCUUUUACUUUUAAGACCAGCUCAACAAAAUUCUAGUAAAUAGUGAGCGAAUAUUACCAACAGGGUGGAACUGUAAAGAGCAUUGUAUAUAAUAUAUUAUUUUAUAGGAAAUUGACUUACUGUUUUGGCACUUGCCAUAUUAGCUAAGCGUUUGAAUCUUUCCAUAACUUUUUAAUGAAUCUCUAUCUCGUGUCGGCAAUGUAAAUACUUGUAAACCAACACAGUAUGUGGUAAGACUUAGAAUAACAAGAUGCGUAAUGGC